CAGGGCAACCCAGUAGUUUGUAGUGCGCAAUUAACUUCCGCACUUUCGCUACUGGCGAAAUCCAAUUUGUUGGAAUUUGGCUUUCACGCAGGAAGAGUUGCAGCCAGUUACUUCAUUUUUUCAACUCUGUCAAAUUAACUAUUUAUGAUCCAGAAGGAUUGAAUCUACGUUUUUAAAAAGGAGCUCACGAAUUCUCCGAUUACAGUUAUGGUGGUGUUUUUCUGGACACGGGGACUGCGCACGCUUCAAAAUGCUGCACAGAGAAGUUGUAAACGCGUGCACUACUGGUAAAGGGUCUUUCCAAUGCAAGGGCACUGCAGUGCAAGCUGGUAAGAAGUCUGUGAAUGGAGUGGAGCUGUGCUACCAGCAGACUGGCGCUGGGGACCAUGCCCUGUUACUCAUGCCUGGAGCUUUGGGAAGCGGAGUGACCGAUUUUGGGCCACAGCUGAAGGGUUUGGACAAGAAACGUUUCACAGUGGUGGCCUUUGACCCAAGAGGUUACGGCAGUUCACGACCCCCAAUCAGAGACUUCCCGUCCGACUUCUUCCACAGAGAUGCUCAAGAUGGCCUCCAGCUGAUGCAGGUCUUGGGCUUCAGUCGUUUUUCUCUGUUGGGCUGGAGUGAUGGAGGCAUCACAGCGCUGAUUGCAGCUGCUCUAAGCCCUGCUAACGUCAGGAAGCUAGUGGUCUGGGGGUCCAAUGCCUAUGUCUCCCAAGAGGACAUCGCCAUCUACAACUCGGUGCGGGAUGUAUCACGCUGGAGUGAGCGGAUGCGGAGCCCAAUGGAGGUGAUGUAUGGAGCAGAAUACUUCAGAAACACUUGGAGUGCUUGGGUGGAUGGCAUCAGCCAGUUUACCCACAAUCCUCAGGGUAGUAUCUGUCUGGAAUUGUUACCUCAGAUCAGCUGUCCCACGUUAGUGGUCCAUGGCCAGAAGGACCCCAUGGUGCCCUCCGUCCACCCCCAAGUCCUGUUGCAACACAUUCCCAAUGCCCGACUGCAUGUGAUGGCAGACGGGAAGCACAACCUGCACUUGCGCUUUGCUGCUGAGUUCAACAGACUGGUGGAGGACUUCCUGCUGGAGUGAGGACACAGGUCACAGAACUGAUCCUCACCAAAAGGCUUAAAGCCACUGAGGAGUGGUGCCAAGCAGUUGCAUCACUGCUAAGCAGCUAUAGUACUGACGCACAGGGGUCUAGCUAUCGUGGUGUGACAUGAACACUAAAUUCAUGUAUUUCAAUAUUGUUCAAUUGAUGUAACAUUCAAUUGUUAGUGCUGUGUGAAUUGGUGUUUUAUUAUGAUAAAAUAAAACCCAUAUGUACAAA